AUGGCGCACUGGAGGACGUUCCGGCGGUCCCAGGUCGGUCAACGGUCGCGGAGGGACAGGCUGGACCGGGUCUGGGGUCUCAUAGCAUCGAGAGUCGCGGGCGUGGAGAGUCGACGAUGCUUCAUCGACGGGUUUUUGGUCAGAAAGUCGAGAAAGUCGAAAGGCGAAGUCGACGACGAAGAAGAUGACGAUGAUGACGAUGAUGACGAUGAUACGAUAAUGCUGCUAGUGAAAAUUGAUCCGAUGGCGAUAGCAACGAGUGACAACGUUCGAGGGUGUUUGCAGCGCAAAGGCAAGUCUCAUUUUCCUCCCUCUGGCGCCCUGCUUAGCCUCGGCUGGCCCUGUGGAGCAAGCAGGCAUAGUUAUCGAGAGAUCCUCAAGAGCUCGACAGCUCCUUAA